AUGGAUUGUAUGGCCGCGCUUACAUCGUCAAGUCACGUGACCGAGGCUGCCGCAGCGAAAAGAAAGACUAUCAUCCGUCCGACCAACGCAAUUCCCGGGGAAACCAAGAUCACAACCAUGCAGGCUCCACGCAUUGCUAAUCGCCUGAGAGGGCUGGCUAUUGCCGAAUUGCCUCCUCCAUACCUUGCGCCCUUCCUUCAUCGCUCCGUGACCUUGUCGUCGGUCCAAACCUCCAGCUUUUCUUCCACUGCCCCCGUCGGCGCCAACCCUCGACGCGACAAGAGUAAAAACCGUGGUGUAUCAGCCAUCAAAAGAACCGGUCCACGAACCCCAUUCGUUGCCUCGCGGUGGCCAUUGCCCAAGCCCGUCGCUGAGAAAGAUUUGCAGCGUCGGGAGACAAAUCCCAACCACGGACUCUGGGCCUUCUUCCCUCCUACCCGGGAGUCACUGCCACUCCCAGAGUAUGAUAACGCAUAUGGUCGCUCAUGGGGUAUCCAAGAACUCCGCGAAAGGAGCUGGGAGGACCUCCACGCAUUGUGGCAUGUCUGCGUCCGGGAGCGCAACCGUAUCAUGACAUCGGACCUGGAACGAACCCGAGUCAGGGCCGGUUACGGUGAUUACGAGUCUCAGGAACGGGACAAGGUGAUCAAGAGCACCAUGAAGAACAUGAAGCACGUUCUCCGUGAGCGCUGGUAUGCCUACGAGGACGCUACACGCCUUUACGAACGCGGAUACCGUCCUGAAAACUUCUAUGGGCUCGAGGAGUCUGAGCAGGAGGCCGCAGCCCAAUAA